AUCGAAUAGUUGCGAAGAGAGUUGCGAACUACAACAGAUGAGGAGGAGCAUGAAGAAGCACCCACCUGCUGCAGGAACGAAGCGGCGUCGGGUUAGUAACAGUUUCGCCAAAUCUAGUAGUUGGCUACAAGAAGAAGACAAAUCACGAGAACAUUUGUCAUCUGAAUCACAAGUGGCAAACGUGAAGAAAGGUCGGUCCGCAUCUAUUGUGGAGAUGGGCGCCGGUCUAGGCUAUUGGGCGGCAUUUUUGGAUAACUGCUUUGACGCCAAAGCUGCAAGGCGACCCUCCUCUUCGUCGAGAAUAACUGUUCGGGCUUUCGACGUCAUGCCUCAUGAAGGUGGGCGCAACUUAUUCAAAAACGAACUUGGUUGUACCAGAACCAGUUCUACUCUCUCAUUCUCUUCCAGCAGCAAGACGUCCGCUCCCGGCGCACUUUCUGGCACGAUCAGAAGGAUUGUCGAGCGAUGUCGCGAAAAGCUUACUGACGACACGACUGCGAAAGAAGCUCUCGCGUCUGCGAAUGCACUCCUUCUGUCUUUUCCUCCGCCUGGAGAAACCAUGGCCAGCGAUGCGCUCAGCUUUUUUCGUGGAGACCUACUAGUGUAUGUCGGCGAGUGGGCGACUGGGAUGACAGCCGACGCGGCGUUUCAUGAGUCGAUAAUCCAAGACUUUGAUUUUAUGGAAACGGUGCCACUACCACAGUGGGCGACGACAUGCUACGCGAUGUUUCUCUUUCGCAGAAAAAGAACCCCAUCUUCUGGUGUGCGAAAUGAUAACGAAAUGAAUCAAACUCCGAACAUGACGCAAAAUAAAGAGCCGCAGCGCACUGGAACUUGCUCGAUAUUGGAGCGCUCUAUAGCUUUCAAGCCCACGACGACUAGUGCUAGUUCAUCUUCGGCUUCUCUUGAAAGCGCGACUAGUAGCAACAAGAAAAAGAAGGCUGCAAAAACUUCUGUACUUACAACAAGACCCACAAACCCUAGAAAAGCGGCGCUUUCUUGCUGGGUAUGCACUUCCUGCGGAUCACGUGAUUUAUCAUGUGGUGCUUCAUCUAGGAAUAGUAAGACGUUGUCGCGCUUUACAGCGGGCAAUAGAUCUUUAGUGGCUUGUAGUGAGCAAUGUCAAUCGAGGCUGCUACGAGAAGAUCUUUUCACAACGUUUUACUUCGGGAAACAGUUUGGAUUGUCAUCUGUUGGAGCUCGCUCCGAAACUGAAAGGAGAUCUACUACAUCUGCUAUUUCGAAGGUGAGUGGAGUUGGAGCUAGAGAGGAAGACUCUGCCACCGAAGCAUAUGAAGCUGCCGAUAGCAGGAAUGUGAACAAGCAGAAAGACGCGAAGAUGUGGGAGCCGCUUGCAUUCACAGACUACGAUGAGGAGAGGGCUUACAAUGCGUUAGCACUUGCAACACCAAAGGCAUAGUAAUUAAAAAAAGCUGAGGAUCAUGUUUACAAUAUAAUGCAAAUGUCCCUGAAGAUGUCCUGCUAUCGCGAGCGAAUCGCAGUCUCGCAUGAUUACUAUGUGCUGUACCGGUAUAGCUCAAUUUCUUCAGUGGAGCCAGCCCAUUACCAUCUGGCAUUUGAGAAAAAAAUGCAGAAACAUUGACACGUUAGAUUUCACUAUUCUAUGACACCCCACUAGCACUAUUUUCCACAUCUUCAAGAAGAACGUGAUGUUCAUCUUGUCUUUUCGCUGGAAUUUUCUUAUUGAUUCCAAUGUGAGUGUUCUACCUGCUCUACACUUUCGCAGAAUCUUGAUGACACAAAGCGCUGCAGCACUAACUUUGCUCGAGCCAAUUGCGUACGGGCAUGUAGAGUAGCUCUACGGGUACUACACCCUCUUCUUCUUGAUGAAAAGAUUGGAUGACAAUGAAAAUCACAAUUUCAGACUGAGUGCUUUUCUUGUUCGAGAAUAUUUUCGUAGAUGAAGGAACUAAUGACCAUUUUGACCUUCACCAGCAUCAAAAAAAUGAAUGCUGGAGAUCAAUGUUUAUCCUAGAAGUGGUCUCGCUGCAUCCGCAAAUCAGAUUAUUGUCACUCUUCUAAUGUGGGAAAGUCCGUCAAUUGGAAUUGAUUCACAUUCGUGAACUUUUGACAAUCAAUGUUAGCAAAAUUGUUGUUCAUCAACAACACGAAGAACUUGGUAUAGCUAUUGUGCACCUCCUAGUUGUGCAAACGGAAGGCGAAAAUUUGGCCCUAGGUCGACGAGAAGAACAACGUCGAUUACUACACGAAGAGGUGAUGCAAGGAGAAUAGUAUCCACCUCUUCGCAGUUCACCAAACCUUGUGAUUUUCGUUCUGAGAUCUUCUCAACGCUGAACGUUUGGAAUUGAAAAUCAUACUUUCCCCGACCCGUCUUCUGGAUAAUGAUGGUCAUGGUAGUGCCUUUUCAUCUACAAUUGGUCCUUGUGGUGCAACAUUUCGUGCAUACUACAUGAUACAGUUUCUGAUGUUGUAGAUUCAUUGAGUUUGUUUUUCAUGAUUGACUCAGAUAGGAAAUAAGAUGAAGAUUGAAGAUGACCUUGUUCUUCAUGAUCGAUACCCAGGUUCACACGCCACAAAUGCGCUCAGUUGGCUAUAUCCCUAUGGUUUAGACAUCACACUUAUAGUCAGCUUCUAACACUACAAGCAUAACGGCUACGAAAUCAUCUUCUAGAAGUCGUUAUUAAUCUUCA